UGGGGAGACAAUAACGACAAAAAGUAGCGCGUUAGUGUUGGUUUAUGUUCGAAGAUGUCUCUUUGUCACGCGUGGAAUGCGCGCACGGGAAGGGAAGAGAGAAGUUUGAAAUAAACUAGGCAAGAGCGAGUAAAGAUAGGAGAAGAAGGGUUUAGUUUGCGUUGUGGUGGUUGGUCACUGAUCUUACUUGAGUGGGUUAUUAUGAAGUCGUAUAGAUUGUCAGAACUGGGCGAUGCUGAGCUUCGCAGCCUAAUUGCUCGUCCUCGUAUCGAUUUCUCUUCCGUUUUCUCUCUGGUCAACCCCAUUCUUGACCAUGUUCGACAAAGAGGCGAUGCUGCUGUCAAAGAAUAUACUUUGAAAUUCGACAAUGUUCAAUUGGAUGACAUUGUUCACCUUGUCGCCGACCUUCCAGAUCCACUGCUUGAUGCGCAUGUUAAGGAAGCUUUCGAUAUCGCCUACAGCAAUAUAUAUGCCUUUCAUGCUGCUCAGAGGACUCCUGAAACAAAUGUUGAGAACAUCAAAGGAGUCCAAUGCAAGCGAGUUUCAAGAAGUAUUAAUACUGUGGGCCUUUAUGUUCCAGGGGGAACUGCUGUACUACCUUCAACAGCUCUGAUGCUUUCAGUUCCUGCUCAGAUUGCUGGAUGUAAAACUGUCGUCCUUGCUACUCCUCCAGCUCAGGAUGGCACUAUAUGCAAGGAGGUAGUGUAUUGUGCAAAGAAGGCAGGGGUUACUCACAUCCUCAAAGCUGGCGGAGCUCAGGCCAUAUCUGCCAUGGCUUGGGGAACUGAAACAUGUCCCAAGGUUGAGAAGAUUUUUGGCCCAGGAAACCAAUAUGUCACAGCUGCAAAAAUGAUUCUGCAAAACAGUGAAGCCAUGGUUUCAAUUGACAUGCCAGCCGGUCCAUCCGAAGUUUUAGUUAUUGCUGACAAGCAUGCGAUUCCUCGUCAUGUAGCUGCCGAUUUGCUUUCCCAGGCUGAGCAUGGCCCUGAUAGUCAGGUUGUGCUUGUGAUUGCUGGUGAAGGCGUGAAUUUGAAUGCUAUAGAGGAGGAACUCAGCAAGCAGUGCCAGAGUCUACCAAGAGGAGAGUUCGCUGCUAAAGCCUUGACCCACAGUUUUAUUGUUCAUGCACAUGAUAUGCUUGAGUCAAUCAAUUUCUCAAACUUAUAUGCACCUGAGCAUCUAAUUGUCAAUGUGAAGGAUGCAGAGAAGUGGGAGAGUUUUAUUCAGAAUGCAGGGUCUGUAUUUUUAGGGCCGUGGACACCCGAGAGCGUUGGUGAUUAUGCAAGUGGGACAAAUCAUGUCCUUCCCACUUAUGGUUAUGCAAGGAUGUAUGGCGGUGUUUCAUUGGAUUCUUUCUUGAAAUACAUAACAGUGCAAUCUCUCACAGAAGAAGGCCUCAGAAAACUUGGGCCAUACGUAGCAACGAUGGCAGAAGUUGAAGGUCUCGAUGCCCACAAGCUGGCUGUUACCCUCAGACUUGAGGACAUAGAAGGCAGACAGGUUUCAAAAUGACAAGAUAAUUUACGAUAGAGUCGACGUUUUUCAUCGUUGAGUUUCUGGAGGGAUCGUAUGGGAGAAAGUGACCUGUGCACAAGAGCUUUGAUACCAUAUUUGAAAGCUAGAAUUCAGAGAAACAAAGUGAAAAAUCGUUGGACCAUGGUUUUCUGUGAAGGA